AUGGCUAACGGGGGUGAAGAACAUUCUGUGUCGGUGGACAAAGCGAAUAAAUUUAUUGAAAAUUUAUCGAAAGAGUUACAAGAAUUAUAUUCUUAUCGUGAUAUGUUCUUUGAGAACCAUCCCAUAGAAAUGGCAAAAAAUAAGCAUAAAUAUGUGGAAGAGAAAAAGGACAAAUUAAUAGAAAAAUUUGAAAGUGUUGAUGUGGACACUGAAAUUCCAUUUUCGCUUAGAGCCCAAUUUCAAUAUCUAAAAGGAAGAUGUUAUAAUGUGAGUAUUAAAUAUGACGCAAGAGCUACUCAGUCUUUGAGUAAAGCUGUUAAAUUAAACCCUCAUAUGGUUGAAGCAUGGAAUGAACUUGGGGAGUGCUAUUGGAAAAAUAUGAAUAUUAAAGAAGCCAGGGCUUGCUUUGAAGGUGCCUUGAAACAUGAAAGAAAUAGAAUAUCACUCCGUUGCCUCUCCAUAAUACUACGGCAAGAAGCUGGUGCAAAGAAAGAUGGUGAAGCUACACAAAUGAUACUAAAAAGUGUUGAGUAUGCUAAAGAAGCCGUUUCACAAGAUACUGCAGAUGGUCAGUCAUGGAUAAUUUUGGGCAAUUCCUACCUUUGCCAGUAUUUCACAGUGUCACAAGAUCCAGCAAUUUUAAAGCAAUGCAUGAGUGCAUACAAACAGGCUUUCACAGACCUAAUCGCAAGAGGCCAACCCGAUCUGUACUAUAAUAAGGCUAUUGCAUUGAAGUACGAAGAGAAAUACAGUGAGGCCCUAGAUACGUUUAACAGGGCGUGUGACCUCGACCCUCUAUGGAUGCCACCGACUCGCGAGCGCGCAAAAUUACGACAAUUCUUGGCCAGUGCUGUUGAUUUACUGCGCACACGUGGCAAGAUUAAGUGCAAACGCCUUGCUAACAUGCUACAAUCUGUGGACAAAAAGAUGUUAGGCGACUACUUGCCUGACCAAUUCGUGACCCUUGGAGCGAGGCGAGAUGUUAACCUCGAGUUGGUAAGAAUAAAUGCCCUACAAGAGGGUCCCAAUGAGAACAAAGUGAUAUUGGGACGCGUGGUCGGCUCUAUACAUAGCGAGAAUGCAGUGCCCUUCGCUUUCGCCAUUAUAGAUGACAGUAUGAAGUGUGUGUUAGUAACGGCAUACAAUUGGGCGGCUGGAAGGGGCACCCUCAUUGGGGACUGGGUUGCCAUCCCAGAACCGCAUUUGAAAUCCCAUAAUGUUGUCACACCGGAAAUGAAAUACGUUUUCCAGUCGAUCCGUGUUAAUAAUCCAAUGAACUUAUUCGUCAAUGGACGUCGCGUGGAGCGUUCGCAAAUUGCGGGCACGCGCGUCUCUAGUACGUACGAGAUGCACUGA